GCCUUCAAUGAGUUUUCAAUAUCAUUUUCAAUUUUUGCAGGUCAAUGAGCGACCAGUGCCUGUGGAUGAGAUACUAGCCGCUGAUGAGGUGUUCUGCACUGGAACGGCUGUGGUUGUAAACCCUGUGGGAAGUAUUACACAUGGCACAAGCAGGGUGCAAUGCAAUGAUGGUGCUGUAGGAGAAGUGUCGCUGGAGCUUUACGAAGCUCUAACGAGCUUACAAAUGGGUGUAUCCAAGGAUGAAUAUGAUUGGACUGUAGAAGUGGCUUGAGAUCUCAGAACGUUGCUUAUGAACUUGUGAGCGCAUUUUGAAUACCGAUGCUCACUUUAUUUUCAUUCACAGCACAGGUUCCUUUCCCCGCUUGUAUAUUGUGAGAAGUACUGAUUGUAACCAUAACCUCACGUGAGUGGUUCUGUAUUUGGCGACCUACUCUAAUAGAACCACGACUUACAGAUAA